ACCACUGUCUGCGCUUUUAGUCAGUGCUGUCAAGACGUGAACACUGCCGACGGACGCCGUACAAACUUCGCUGUGGCAUGGCGGUGUUUUUCUGCGCUCGAGAGCACGCGCUGCGUGUUGGAAUUUUGUGCGCCACCUUUUUCCUCGGCUACGGACAAGCUGCGUCGGAGCCCCGUAAUUGCACACCGGAAGCGGCUUUCCAGUGCUACGACAUGUACCGGCUGGAGCUGAAGGGGGCCCAGGCUUUAGCCGACGAGGGCACCUACCAGCAGGCGCUCGACCAGAAAUGCAGGCGCAUUAAGGACAAGUUGCCUUGUCACAAGGAAUUCGCCCUGUGUCCCGAAACGACAAGGUCAAGGUUCACCGUCCAGGAGAGGGGUUACCAAGCGGUGAGGGACAUCAUCUGCGACACGCAGGCACUGAAAGAUUCCUACGUCGCCGGCAGCUGUCAGGAUCCGACGAAGCUGAUCGACUGCCUCGUGGAAUGGACCUUCCGCAACUUCGACGACGAUCCUCCCCGGAACGAGAACACUCGUUUGUGCAGGCGUUUGCAAGGCUCAUCGGCAUGCUACCAGGAAACGUUCGUCGCCUCUUCGUGCCCCGUGCCGCUGGAAUCGGCAAAGCCAGCAUUCGCGAGGACCCAGAAAGCGCUUGUCGAGCUCGUCGGCUGCGGCGAACCGAAUGGAUCGACGCCGUUGUCUUCGGCACCUCAAGGACUGUUGCUCGCGAUGCUGGCGCUGUCUAUUGCCCGCUGGAUCACCUCUUGACAUUUUACAUAAAUUAAGAGAACGCUGGCGAGAAACGCUAAAUUAGUAAACAAGGUGUUCUUUUAAAACUGUGUAUGUGCUGUCAAUGGCGAGAUGUACAGCGUUAAGCGGACUAUUCGACAAACAGGCGAGUUUUCAUAUCCUAAAGAGCGCGGUAGUGGAAGUUACGGUCGCCGUCGCAUGAGAAAUAGUCACGUGACCUGAGAAGAAAUGCGUUGAUCACGUGCUUCGCUUUCGCGUAUUGUCUCAACGCCGGCCAGAGAGCUUCAGCGAAAUGCUAGUCGCACUUAAGAAAAAAAUUCGGACAGCUGUGCCCUUGUGGUGCGAAG